AUGUCUUACGAUCGAGUCCUUCCCAAACCUCCUGCUCUGCUCUAUGACGCUCCUCAAGUCCCUAUUCCCAGGCGGUCCAGUAGCCUCCUCGACCACAAGAUCAUGAACGACGAGCCAACUACCAAAGUUUCCGUGGUAGACCAUCCUGUCGAGGGUGGUUCGUGCAGGUACACUACUGAAGUACCAGCAACUGGGCUGCCUCAGGUGCAUCUCUCUUUAAAUCGGACGAAGCUCGCUCUGGGCAAGGCAGCCUCCGAUUCUCCUACCAAGUCUCCCAAGUUUGCAGCACCAGUGCUCACCAAGGACAUGCCCGUGCGAGAGCGCUCUUCUCAAUCGGAGAGAUCCUCCUCUUCCAGUCCUGUGAAGUCAACAGCGUCAAAGGAGUCAGUCAUGCAGUUCUGUCUCUGUCAACCGGAUCCCAAGAUCCCUAGGCCAAGGAACGCUUUUAUCCUGUAUCGGCAACAUUAUCAAGCCGCAGUAGUGGCUCAGAAUCCGGGGCUUGCUAACCCGGAUAUCUCCAAGAUCAUUGGAGAGCAAUGGAGGAAGCUCCCUCAAGAAACCAAGGAUGAAUGGAAGGCUCUUGCAGAGGAAGAAAAAGCUCGUCAUCAGCAGCAGUACCCUGAAUACCGGUACCAGCCCCGUCGCUAUGGCCGAGAUGGCAGUUCGCGUGCGACCGGCUCUGGCAUUAGCCACAGCCCUCCGGGCUCUGCAGUCUGCAACCGAUGCGGUGGGCGAGUGAUGACCCCACCUGUGUCGCCAGAGGCCGCUUUCACGCCCAGUGUAUCUGCUAAUGCAGCAUCUCCACAUCCCGAUAUGGUCAUGGCUCGAAGUUAUCAACGCCGGGCUAGAGAUUCUGACAGACAACCGAAUCCCAUCCGAGUAGAUAACCAUGGCGAUUCCUGUCCUCCUCGUCAAAUACCAUGGGAAGAGGCCGGUUGCCGGUCCCCAGACUCGAAGCGUCGCCGGUUCAACUCUCAGGUAUCGUUGAAACCAACUGUUCAUGGGGACCGAAGCCCCGAGUCCUCAUAUCCAAUGUCGCCUUAUACCCCCCGUACGGAUGCACCCAACGCUCGGACUUUGCAUCAAAUGAUCCAUCCUUUGACAACGGCUCGAUAUAGCAGAGAUCAUCCACCGCAUGAUCCAAGUCUGAAGCUUCCACCACUACAGACCACAGUGCCUCUCCCGGGCUCCGUGACACCUAUCACUCCGUUCCCAAAUGAUGGAUCAAGUCUUGAGGCGACGGUCAUGACGAUCCCCUUCCUCAACAAAAUCAAAGUCCUCGCCAAAAUAUCCCCACCACUCAUUCCGUCCUUCCGUGACAAUUCUAUUCCUAAGCGAGGAGCCGUGAUUGCUGUUGACGGGCAAGAUCUUGCACAAGUAAAAGCAAUGGUCGAUUAUCUCAACAAUGUUUUCCAGAAGGAGGGAAAAUACAAACCCCGCGUGUUCGAAGGCCCCGAGGUCCGCUCGCGGGAGAGUUACUCUGCGGCCGGACAGAUGGGCGAUGCCACCGUCGAUUAUCUCAACACCAUUUCAGUAUGGCAUCGCAUUUCGGAUGACAUUGUGAGCUUCGUGAAGCCUGCACGGGAGCCCUCAGAAUCAAAGCCGGAGGAUGAUGACUCCGCCUCUGAGAUUUCUCCCAAGACCAUCAUCCCGAAGACGGCUGAUCUGAAGAUAAGCUCUCCAGCUCAAUCGAGCGAGAACGGUUCGGAAUCAGCCUCUUCGGUUCCCGGCUCUGGCCUCUCACCUGUCCCUAUUGCACUCGUCCCUCGCUACCAACUCACUAACGCAGAUGCAUUCGCGUGUUCAGUACCGAUCAACGACUCGUACGCUCCCUUGGAUCACUGGCAGUGGAUGGCAUCUCUCUGGCGAGCGUGCGUUGGGCCGGACAUCACUGUCUACAUCCGGGAUUGCGAGAAAGACGAGUUGGAUCGCUACGGAGGCAACUCUGUCGAGGUCCGUCUGCAAGAUGCACGUACUGUGGUCGUGCGCAGACUAGCCGGCUCCCAGAAGGAGCUGGAAGAAAAAGCUUUGAAGCGCGUUGGUUUUGAGAUUGAGGAUUUCCUCACUCAGUAA